ACUUUAAUCUUGGCAAUGUCAGAAUUGCUGAAAAACCCAAGAGUUAUGGAAAAGGCACAAGCCGAGGUGAGACAACUUUUAAGUACAAAAGGAAAUCUUGUUUAUGAAGAUGACCUCCAUAAAUUGAGUUACUUAAAGUUAGUUAUCAAAGAAACUCUGAGAUUACACCCUCCUCUCCCUUUAUUACUACCUAGGGAGAGCAUGGAGAGAUUUGAAAUCAAUGGAUAUGAGAUACCUGCUAAAAGCCAAGUCAUUGUCAAUAUAUGGGCAAUUAGUAGAGAUCCUGAAAAUUGGAAUGAUCCAGAGAGUUUUCUUCCAGAGAGAUUCCUUGACAGUUUAAUAGAUUACAAGGGGACUGAUUUUCAAUAUCUACCUUUUGGUGCUGGAAGGAGAAUAUGUCCUGGCAUGUCGUUCGGGUUAGCUAAUGUUGAGCUUCCACUUGCAAAUUUAUUGUAUCACUUUGACUGGGAACUUCCUGAGGGAGAGAAACAAGAAGAUCUAGACAUGACUAAGGCCUUCGGUGCAGCAAUUUGCAAGAAAAGAGACCUGUGUGUGAUUUCUAUUGCUUAUAAUCCUUCAACUAGUGAAUAA